AUGUCUCAAGCUCUCCAAGUCGAUCCGGCUGUCAUUGUGCCUGACAAUGCGGCCCAUGAUACAGACUCUUCUCUUGGAGAUGAUAUUCAAUCAUCCACCGCAAGUGUCUCUAGUUCUAUCCUGCACUACCGCCGUGAGAAUGGCAGGACUUAUCAUGCAAUACGUUUGCCCAACGAUGAGGCCGAGAAUGAAAGACUAGACCUACAGCAUAACCUAUUCCUUCUCACUUUGAACGACGAGCUCGGUCUCGCUCCGCCAAAUGAGCCAGGGGCCAAGGCCAAGCAUGUGUUGGACGUUGGCACAGGCACUGGAAUCUGGGCUAUAGAUUAUGCUGAUGAGCACCCAGAAACCCAGGUCAUCGGGGUUGAUCUCUCACCCAUUCAGCCAGGCUUUGUGCCUCCGAAUCUCAACUUCGUAAUUGACGAUAUCGAAGACGAUUGGACGUAUAAUCAGCCCUUUGACUACAUUCACAGCCGUUUCAUGACAUCUUCCAUCGCAAAUUGGACAGAUUAUCUCACCAAGUGCUUCAAUAACCUUGCACCCGGCGGCUACAUCGAGCUCCAAGAAUGCGAUCUGAGUAUUAGAUCCGACGACGGCACACUUAGCCCGGACAACAUAAUGCUCAAAUCCCUCGCUCUUCUGAUGGAAGCAUCCAUCAAAUUCGGCCGGCCCUACCAGGACAUCCCAGCCCUUGCAGACAUCAUGGCCAGGAUCGGGUUUGUAGAUAUUGUUAUCGAGAUGUUCAAGUGGCCUAUCAAUUCAUGGCCAAAGGACAAAAAGGCAAAGUUGCUGGGAAGUUGGUGCCAUGCCAACUUCUCUAUUGGCCUUGAGGCGUUUACUAUGGCACCGCUAACUCGUGCUCAUAACUGGACGCCAGAGGAAGUCAGUUUGUUCUUGGUUGAUCAGAGGAAGGCUAUGAGUGAUAAGAACACUCAUGCCUACUGGCCGAUGUAA